AGGUAUGAGCGGAAGUUGUAGUGUGUGUUGUGUUGACUGGUGUUAGCUGCCAGGCUGCAUGCAGACAGUACCAGCAUGGCUUACAGUGCAAAGAUCGGGCCGUCCAUCCUGAGCAGCGACUUGGCCUGCCUGGGCCGGGAGUGCGUGCGAAUGAUGGGCUGCGGGGCAGACUACCUGCACCUGGACGUUAUGGACGGGCACUUUGUACCCAACCUCACAUUUGGACAUCCGAUGGUAGAGAGCCUAAGGAAGUCAGUAGGCCCAGACCCUUUCUUUGACAUGCACAUGAUGGUGUCCCGGCCGGAGCAAUGGGUGAAGCCCAUGGCUGCAGCAGGAGCCAACCAGUACACAUUCCACAUAGAGUCCACCACCAACCCUGGAAACCUGAUCAAGGAGAUACGAGAGAGUGGCAUGAAGGUGGGUUUGGCCAUAAAGCCUGGUACUACUGUUGAAGAGCUAGCACCCUGGGCUAACCAGAUCGACAUGGCUCUGGUCAUGACUGUUGAACCUGGCUUUGGAGGACAGAAGUUCAUGGAAGACAUGAUGCCCAAGGUGAGCUGGUUGCGGAGUCAGUUUCCUUCACUAGACAUAGAAGUAGAUGGAGGGGUUGGCCCGGACACCAUUCACAAGUGUGCAGAGGCAGGAGCCAACAUGAUCGUGUCAGGCAGCGCUGUGAUAGGCAGCGACGACCCUCGAUCUGUCAUCUCUCUCCUGCGCACCGUGGUUGCCGAAGCAAUCCAGAAACGUUCGCUGGACCGCUGAGAUGUUCUCUCUGUGACACUUUACCGACUCAAUCUAGCAAAUCAACUCAGCAGCCAGUGGACAUUAAUGGGGUUGAGGUCAAGGGUCACGGUCGGAGGAGGGGCCUGAUGACCAAAUCCAAAUCACUUCAGUGUGAAUAAAGCUGCUCCGUGCCUCUACAAAACGUCUUGAUCUUCAUCCUGUCCUGCCACAAUCUCCUCUAAACAGUUAACACAGUGAGUCUCACCUUAGCAUGGGAAUGACCAUUUCAAGAAAGGAGUUGAUGUUAUGCUAAUUCACAUCUGUAAACAUUCCUGAAUAUUGUUUGACAUUGUUUUAAAAAUGUAAUUUAGUCAAUAAAAUGGUCCAAGGAGCCCUGUGUUUAAUAUC